CCGGUCACUCUCCGGGUGGGUCGACCCCACGUCCCACAGGCCCGUCCAUCUUUAACCUCCUCCUGGCUGGCAGUUCCGAGGGCUCAGGGGAAGGCUCCCCACACCCCCGACCCGGCUUCCAGAAGCUUCCCUGCCCUGGUCCCCAUCCCCAGAGCCCGCACCUCCCGCAGCGGCGUCCGGUACCACUGCUGCUCGAAGCCCUGGCGCCGGUUCUGGGAGAAGUCGGCGCGGAACCUCCAGAGGCCGUCCAGCUCCUUGCGUUCCCGCGACCGGCUCUCCCGGGGGUAGAGCAUCCCGCCCUGCAGCAGCGCCAGCCCGCAGCCCCAGAGCAGCGCGACGAGCACGGCCCAGGCUCCCGCCAGCCCCCGGAGCAUGGUUCCCGCGGGCCCCUGGCUGCCAGCAGCCCCGCGCCCGGUGCCGUGAGCGCGGGAGGCGGGGCCGGGGUGGAGCCUGAAGUCACGUGUCCCGCCCCCGCGCCAUCUUCGUUGAAGGCGAUUGCGCGGCUAGGGCUCAGCCCGCGAGGCCCGUGCCCAGAAGGCUGUUCUAGGCCCACCUUCCUGACGGAGGGCGGCGGCGGGGGAGGGCCCGCGGGGAGGCCGAGAUCCACCCCGGGCCCCGAAGGGCGGAGGUCGCAGGCUCCGCGCCCGCGAGGUCACUGCCGUCCUCCGCCCUCCCCCGCCCUCCCAUACCCGGCUGCUCGCGCCCAGGGCGGCUGGUCCAGGGCCGCGGGCCGCAGCGAAAACCCGGAGACGGCCGGGUUACCCCCGAUGCUUCAAGGAGGCCGACCUGGGACACCUCCACUCGCUUAUGCUUGCGCGACACCGGAAGGAUGCCAGCGCUGCGCUGCUCAGUAACUAUGAGGUGUUCCAGUUACUAACUGAUAUGAAAGAGCAGCGUAAAGAAAGUGGAAAGAAUAAACACAGUUCUGGGCAACAGAACUUGAAUACUAUCACGUAUGAAACAUUAAAAUACAUAUCAAAAACACCAUGCAGGCACCAGAGUCCUGAGAUUGUGAGAGAAUUUCUCACAGCAGUGAAAAGCCACAAGUUAACCAAAGCUGAAAAGCUUCAGCUGUUGAAUCACAGGCCAGUGACUGCUGUUGAGAUCCAGCUGAUGGUGGAGGAGAGUGAAGAACGGCUGACAGAGGAGCAAAUCGAAGCUCUGCUCCACACCGUCACAAGCAUCCUCCCUGCGGGGCCAGAGGCCGAGCAGACGCAAAAUACCAACAGUGACGUGACAAUGGACGAAGAGGACCCAGCAUAGAAGAGCACAACUGGCCCAAGUGUCUCGUGAAGUUGAAAGGCCCAGCAGCCAUUUCCCAGACAUUCAGAGGAUUAUUUAUUUGGUUUUACCUUCUAUCCCAACAGGCCUGAUUUCCUGGUUAGUUGGGUAAACCACAAAAAUAAGCCUUGCUCAAAAAUAAGCUAAAAAGAAAUCCUUGUGCCUCUGAAAGAAGAAACAUGAUGGAUAGGCUGAGGUUGUCAGGGCAGAGAGCUAAAUAGAGGAAGAGUGAGUCCAAGAGGACAAUACUGUGGAACUCUCUGUGGUAAAAAUAUUUCUUCUGUGGCCUUUGCCAUGUUUGUGGGAAGGUCCCUGUACACAGCUGGUAAAAUACUUGCACUGGCUUUGAUGGGCCAUAUCCUAAUUAAUUUCAUCUGCUUCCCCAGGAGCUUUCCAAGCAGGCAUGCAGAGCACUGCCAGGAUGAGAGCUGAGUUAGGAGAAUCCUGUUAGAUGGCUAAAAACUCCCAAAGCAGCAAAUAGUUGCUCUAAAAUGAGCCACUGAACUUGGCUCACCUUAGAGGAAUCUUUUCCUUCAGAACAGCAGAGAUAAGAGAACGCCUGGACAACUCUUCAUCAGCUUUAAAGGCCCCUUUCCUCUGCUGGCAUGGGCUUUGUUUACAGCUCACUAAUUAGCCUUAAAUGUUAGGGCACCAGCUCACUCCAGUUGAAAAGAGGCACUCCAGACUGAAUGACCGUGUCACCUGCCUUUCUGAAUACCUUCAGUUUCCCGCCCUGUGACAGGCUCUGCUUGUUGAAGCCAGGUGAGCUUCAUUUGCACAAUGGGCAGAUUGUUUGCAUCUUUUAAAAAGGGCAAUUCCCUGGGGUUCCAGUGGUUAGGAUUCUGCACUUUCACUGCUGAGGGAGUGGGUUCAAUCCCUGGUCGGGGAACUAAGAUCCCACAAGGUGCAAAUUGUGGCUCAAAACAAAAAAAAAAACAAAAUGAGGAGGGUACAGUUAUGUAGCUCUUUUUGUGGAUGGAAUAUGAAGAGCUAGAAGUUAAUUAAUAAGAAUUUGAAUUUGUUGACUGUUGCAUCAGUUUUUGAAUUUAAAAUAUUAGAAUAAUUACCAUGUGAAGAACUUGUUAAUAUUCAGGCUUUGGAGAGUUUAGUAGCCCCAGACAUGUGGUUGCCUUAGAUCCUAGGAAUAUUGUUAAAAAUUAAUUUCCCAUAUUCACUCUGCUCCCUAUUUGGGGAAGAAAAUGCCCAUAGACAUUAAUUUUUCAAAUUGGUACUCGUGUUGUAAGAGAUCACAUUUUCAAUGCUUCUGUUAAUUGGAUUACUUCCCACCCCUUGGAAUUCCCAGGUUAUUUCAGCCUUCCCACCACCCCUGCCAAUAGGCAGUUAUGUUCAUCUUAACCUUAUCAUCUAAAGAUCAGUUGAGAUCUGCUUACAGGCAACAUUGAAAUUAACAGGGCAUUUAUUUUUUAUUUUUUAUUUUUUUAAAUUAAUUUUUAUUGGAGUAUGUUUGCUUUACAAUGUUGUGUUAGCCUCCACUGCACAACAAAAUGAAUCAGCCAUACACAUACAGGGCAUUUAUUUUUUUUAUUUUUAUUUUUAUUUUUCAUUGCAGAAAGAAUUCAGUGAGAGACAAAGUGGUAGGUAAGAAGUGGAUUUAUUUAGAGAGAAACACACUCCACAGACAGAGUAUGGGUCAUCUCAGAAGGUGAUGAAGGCCCAAGGCAUUUAUUUUUAAAUCUCUCUUUUGAGUAUCAGGAAUUUUACCAGGAGCUGUUGAUUUGUCAAGGCAUGCAUGUGCUUGUAUUAUUUUUGUUUCAUUUUGACCUUGAGUGUGUUAAGGUGCUUUUUCUUCAUGGAUUUAGUGCUUAAUUAGUUAAUAAUAAAUUGUUUGCAGAUGACUGCCAACUUGUGCUAUUUUUAUACAUCUUUGAAGAGUUUGUUUUGCCAUGGAUAGGAAGAAAUAAAAUGAAAUCUGACUUAAAAGCUAACAUAUAUAUGUAUUUAAAAAUUUUUUUUCUUAAGUUGAAUCUAUUUAGAUCUAAAUUUUGUGUUGGAUUUCGAGAAAAUUUUAAGUUUCUUUAUUUGGGACCUGAAUUUAGCCUCUGAUUAAGUUUCUGAUUAAGUCAGACAGGCUCUAGGAGACUUAACCUUUAUAAGAAAUAUGGUCUUUGUAAUACUCCCGUAGCAUUAGUAAUCAACAUUUCAGAAAUAAAAGGUUGUAAUUUACACAAGAAACUUAACCAGGAUCAUAUCUGGAAAGGAGAGCUGGGAGUCUAUGAGACUUGCUUUUCAUUUUAUGUCCUUCUGUAUGGCUUCAGUUUUUGACCAGAUGACUGUUUUAUUCUUUAAAAAGAAAAAAAAAAUCUGUUUUUUCCAUGUUGUCCUUGGCCUCUGCGAAAGUUAUUAAAUGUAUAGUGGAUAGUUAAGUUAUGUCCCAAACAUGGAGACUGACACCCAGUCCAGUCACUCUGGGAGACUCAGCACUGAGGGGAUUGAUCUUUCAAGAAGGUACUGCUGAACUCGUAAAAGAUGAAAUUGACUCUCAGAGGUUUAUCCAAAUAAUUUCCUUGCCUCUUUUUGCUUAAAAGUUACUGUAUGACCCACUACCACCUCAGAGGACUUGCCACUUAUUCAAGGCUUGUUCAUAAAAUAAUGUGUACUGUUUUCCUAAUCAGUCAUUGUGUAAGCAUACCAGCUCUCAAGAGCUUAUAGCCUAGUGAGAGAUGAGAGGAUCAGUCCUCCCGUAUAUUCUUUGCUAAAUCAUUUUCUCCCCUGAAACCAAUUUAUUACUGCUUGUGUAAAUGGAUCAUUUCUCAGUAAACUAUAAAACAGACCACAUACCCUGAAAAGGAUCGUCAAUCUUAUUUAAUUACACAGUGAACUAAGGGGAUAAAAGGAAGCAAAACUGCCCAGAACUGGCCAGAAAUCCUUUUACAUAUUUUAAAAAUAAAGAUAUAAUUCACAGGGACUUCCUUGGCCGUCCAGUGGAAGCUGUACUUAGCCUUCCAAUGCGGGGGGUGUGGGUUUGUUCCCUGGUCAGGGAGCUGGGGUCCCACGUGCCUUGUGGCCAAGGGGCCAAAACAUAAAGCAGAAGCAAUGUUGUAACAAGUUUAAUAAAGACUUAUAAAAGAGAAAAAUGUUCCACAUCAAAAAAAUCUUUAAAAAAAAAGAUAUAAUUCACAUACCAUAAAAUUGAUCAUUUUAAAAUAUACCACUCAGUGGUUUUGAGUAUAAUCACAAGAUUAUACAAUCAUCACUACUGCCUAAUUCCAGAAUGGUUUCAUCACCCCUAAAAGAAGCCCCAUAUCCGUUAGCAGUCAUUCCCAAUUACCCAUAGUCCCUGGCAACCAGUAGUCUACUUUCUACUUUCUGUCUGUCUGUAUUUGCCUAUUUUGGACAUUUCAUAUAAAUUGAAUCAUAUAGUAUAUGGCCUCUUGUAUCUGACUUCUUUCAUUUAGCAUAAUUUUUUCAAGGCUCAAAUGUGUUGUACCAUUCCUUUUUAUGGCUGAAUAAUACUUCAUUGAAUGGAUAUACCACAUUUUGUUUUAUCAGUUCAUCAGUUGAUAGACAUUUGGGUUGUGUCUACUCUUUGGCUGUUAUGAAUAUGCUGCUGUGAACAUUCAUAUAUAAAUUUUUUGUGACUGUUUACCUUUCUUGAA